AUACAGCCACGAGCCAUUCCAGUUCGGAAUUCUGGUGGCCGACCAGUACUCUUACUCUAAAAAAAAAAACAAAACAAAAGAAAAUUCCUCGCCGUUGCUCGCUUCCGCCGCCUCCUCGGUUGCCCGCCGGCCAUCUUCGCUGCUGGCUCCCGCCCCCGCUUCGUCUCGCGUCGCCGGCUCCCACCGGCCGCGCCUCCUUCUCCCACCGGCCGGCGGCCUCCGCCCGCGCCUCCUACUCCCGGCGGCGGUGGCCUCGGCCCGCGCCUUCCUGCUUGCGUCGCCGGCCUCCACCCGCGCCUCGCGCCACUCGCGAGCCCCUCCGAAGGUCAAAAGUGGGAAGCGACGAGGAAGAGCCGCGGGGAUUUGCGGAGCUCCACCGCCGGCGCGCAAUUGAAGCCAGAAACACAAUUGAUUCUUUUGAAACUGAAAAAAGGUGGAACUGUCGAAUCAAAUGGAGAGAUCUUACGCGUCAAGGAGCUCCGGCGAGCUAGCUAACGCAGCGUCCGGAGGCGGAAGGCCGGUGAGGGUGAUACCGCUGCGGCACCCACCGGGUUUUGGGUCGGUCUCCUCCUCCUCGUCGUCGCCCUGGUGGCGGGCGGCGGUGGGAAGGGCUCGGGGCAUGGGGCCAGUGGAAUGGGCAGAGGCGGCCCUGCCUUGCGUGGCGUGGAUGCAGAAGUACAGGUGGAAGGAGGACCUCCGGGCUGACCUCGCCGCGGGCAUCACCGUUGGCGUCAUGCUUGUGCCCCAGGCAAUGUCAUAUGCAAAACUGGCAGGCCUUCACCCAAUUUAUGGGCUCUACACAGGCUUUGUCCCGUUAUUUGUAUAUGCAAUAUUUGGCUCAUCACGACAACUAGCAGUUGGUCCAGUGGCACUUGUUUCUCUGCUUGUAUCCAAUGUUCUUGGGGGUAUAGUUAAUUCAUCUAGUGAGCUGUACACAGAAUUAGCCAUAUUGCUGGCAUUCAUGGUUGGGAUAUUGGAGUGCUUGAUGGGAUUGCUAAGGCUUGGUUGGCUUAUUCGUUUCAUUAGCCAUUCUGUAAUAUCUGGGUUCACUACAGCUUCAGCCAUUGUUAUUGGUUUAUCCCAGAUCAAGUAUUUCUUAGGUUACAAUGUCACAAGAAGCAGCAAAAUUAUACCACUUAUUGAGAGCAUAAUUGCAGGAGCUGAUCAGUUCUCCUGGCCUCCAUUUGUCAUGGGAUCAGCUUUUCUUGCGGUUCUUCUAAUUAUGAAAAAUCUAGGAAAAUCUAAUAAGAGAUUGCAUUUCCUAAGAGCUUCGGGCCCUCUUACAGCAGUUGUGCUUGGAACAAUUUUUGUGAAAAUUUUCCAUCCACCAGCCAUAUCAGUGGUUGGUGAAAUACCACAAGGUCUUCCCAAGUUUUCCAUUCCUCGAGGAUUUGAGCAUGUAUUGUCGCUCACGCCAACUGCAGUACUUAUCACUGGUGUUGCCAUUUUGGAAUCUGUUGGUAUUGCUAAAGCUUUGGCGGCAAAGAAUGGGUAUGAGUUGGACUCCAACAAAGAGUUAUUUGGUCUGGGUAUAGCAAAUAUCUGUGGUUCAUUCUUCUCUGCAUAUCCUGCCACAGGCUCUUUUUCUAGGUCAGCUGUGAAUCAUGAAAGUGGGGCAAAAACCGGGUUAUCUGGAAUCAUAAUGGGCAUAAUCAUUGGUAGUGCUCUCUUGUUUAUGACACCUUUAUUUAGUGACAUACCUCAGUGUGCAUUGGCUGCAAUUGUGAUUUCUGCUGUUACUGGCCUGGUAGAUUAUGAAGAGGCCAUCUUUUUGUGGGGUAUUGAUAAGAAGGAUUUCUUUUUAUGGGCAAUCACAUUUAUCACAACAUUAGUUUUUGGCAUUGAGAUUGGCGUCCUUGUUGGGGUUGGAUUCUCAUUGGCCUUUGUGAUCCAUGAGUCGGCAAAUCCGCAUAUAGCUGUGUUGGGUCGUUUACCUGGCACCACUGUGUACAGGAAUACGUUACAGUACCCUGAGGCUUAUACGUAUAAUGGGAUAGUAGUAGUUCGAAUUGAUGCACCCAUCUACUUCGCCAACAUUAGCUACAUCAAAGACAGGUUGCGUGAGUAUGAACUCAACCUUCCAAAUUCAAACAGGGGACUUGACGUUGGAAGGGUCUAUUUUGUGAUCCUCGAAAUGUCCCCUGUUACAUAUAUUGACUCGAGUGCUGUUCAAGCUCUUAAAGACUUGCACCAAGAAUACAGAGCACGCCAUAUUCAGAUUGCCAUAGCGAACCCGAACCAACAGGUGCACCUACUGCUGUCAAGAUCAGGUAUCCUUGACUUGAUAGGUGCUGCGUGGUGCUUCGUGCGAGUGCAUGAUGCUGUGCAAGUAUGCCUACAGCAUGUGCAGAAUGCAUCUUCUAGUGCAUUGAAGCUGGCUUCACAGGCAUCAGGGGACUCGGCCGAUUCCAUUUCGACUUCCAAGGAAGGGCAGCAGCGUAUAAAGCAGGAUGGCUUCUUCAAGUGGAAGGCAAAGAACGGGAACGCUGACUCCGGUGCUGAGGUGCAACCACUGCUCCGGCAAAAUCUUGUGUAAUACUAAUACUACGUGGAGGGACUCACUCCCCUCGCUGGCCUAUAUCUGUGUGUAUUUAUUUGUCGUUGUUAACUUGUUAAUGUGACAUGAAGGGAACAAAGGGAAGCGCGCAAUUGUUAUUAUGCCGUUUCUUUUCCCCUUUUUAAUACAUAUAGUGGUGCCUACGAUGGUUAGAAAGCACUGUAAAAGGAUACUCAUAUUAUGUGCAAUGUGGACGAACAGUUGGAACCUUUUUCUUUUUA